CCUACCUUUGCUAAGAUGUAGCUCAAGGAUUAUUUCAGUUGAUUAGAGGUCUGUCAGGAGAAUGAUGAGAGUAAAACCCCAUUGGAGUGAAUUGAAAGAUGCUGAAGUGGAAAUAGCAAAGGUAGAUAACAAUUAUGAGGAAUUUUUCUGGUAAAGGAAGCCAAGCAAUGUACACAUCUCCAUUGGCAUGAAGUCAAGUGAUGUUUCUUCAGAUUAAUAACAUUAAGGCAACUUUCAGCAUUACUGAAAAUGAUCCCAUGGAAAGGGAGAAAUAGAUUAUAUAAAAGGGAAAGAGGUAAUUCAGGGAUGAAGUUCUGGGGAAUACAGUUCGGGCUGUGAUGUAGAGCAGAAAUAGAGAAACUGACCUUAGAUGAGAGAAGAAUGAAAAUUCAUUUCAACAGAGGGAAGAUACUACUGUAUGAGGUUUGGAAUUCGUGAUAGUGGAGCAAAGAACUUCUUGUUGGAAUUUAUUUUCUUUUAGAAGUAUAAAGCAAAUUCAAUAGCUGAGAGUUGCAAAACAGUAUUUCGAGAUUUGCUUACAGAGAUGAUUUGAAGUAGUCAUUAUGGAAAAAAGGAAAGGUGAAUUUCCUAGGGACAAGUAGUAGUGAGAAAGGAAACCACCUCCUGGGGUCAAAUUGGGCAACUGUGGGUUAACUAUACAGCUAAGCUUCCUGAGAAAGUUGGUGGCUUUGACCACAGCUAUGUAGAGACACAGCUAGAAUAUGAUGUCAGUGGAGCAUGACGGCCCUGGAAAGUCCUGGCAGAGUUUCCCAUUCUCUUUUAACUGUUGCUUUGCUUCUGUUCUGUAAUCAUUUCCCUUGGUACUGCCUAGCAAUGAGAGAUUUCCCUGUAGAAAGAGUAUAAAAGUAAGAGCAAAGCCUUGCUCAGUGCUCGCAGGAGGACAUGAGUCCCCUGUAGAGAUGCCAGCUUCAUUAAUAUCAUCCUUUUCUCCUACUCUAUACUGGAGCGAUUUGUUCUGUCAAGGAUCCCAUUCCAGCUUCAGUACGAUUGCUGCACCUUAUUGGAUGGAAGCAGUGACACUCAAAGAUGUGACUAUGGCCUUCACGCAGAAGGAAUGGAAGAAAAUGGAUCCUGCUCAAAGGGACUUAUACAAGGAUGUGAUGCUGGAGAACUAUAGCAACCUAGCCAUAGUGGCAGGGUAUCAAUCCUCCAAACCAGACAUGAUCUGCAAGUUGGAAAAAGGAGAAGAGCCAUGGUCAAGGAAGGGGAAAAGAUCCAAUCAAAGCCAUCUGCGUAAACUAGCAAGACCCAAGCAAGAAGAAGCCAGUGGAAAAGUUCAGCAAGAUGAUGACCAGCUAAAGAAUAACCAGAAAUCUCAAGACAAACUCAUUAGGGAAGUUGCAUUCAAGAAAACUCCAACCAAGAAGAAAGACAGUGAAUGUACUUCAUUGGAGAAAAAAAAUAAUGUGAAUACAAAACAUAGUCCUUCAAAGAAAAGGCUUAAAUUUGAUUCAGAUGGAAAGAAUUUGAAAUGGAAUACAGCUUUACCUGGUCAUGUAAAAAACUCUGCAAAAAAGAAACCUGAUAUUGCUAAAGAACACAAGAAAUCAUUAAAGCAUAGCUUAUCUGAUACAAAGAUAGACAAAAAUCAAACUGGAAAGAAACUUGAUAAAUUAUCUAACCAUACUUCUGAUAAGUGUGACAAAACUCAAACUGGCAAGAAACAAGAAAAAUUAUAUGAUCAUCAUUCAUCCUGUGCUAAGAAAAACAAAAUCCAAAUGGGAAGGAAACAUGAGACAUCAUCUACUAAAACUGAUAAAACUCAAGCUUGUGUGAAACCGUAUGAAUGCAAUCAAUGUGGGAAGGUUCUCAGCCAUAAACAAGGGCUAACUGACCACCAGAGAACUCAUACAGGAGAGAAACCAUAUGAAUGUGAGGAAUGUGGAAUUGCCUUUAGCCAGAAGUCUCACCUUGUUGUACAUCAAAGAACUCACACUGGAGAAAAGCCAUAUGAAUGUGUCCAGUGUGGCAAAGCCCAUGGUCAUAAACAUGCCCUUACUGACCACUUAAGAAUUCAUACUGGGGAAAAACCCUUUAAAUGUACUGAAUGUGGAAAAACCUUUAGACACAGCUCAAACCUUAUUCAACAUGUGAGAUCUCAUACAGGUGAAAAACCAUAUGAAUGUAAGGAAUGUGGAAAAUCUUUUAGGUAUAACUCAUCACUUACAGAACAUGUAAGAACUCAUACAGGUGAAAUACCAUAUGAGUGUAAUGAAUGUGGCAGAGGUUUUAAGUAUAGUUCAUCCCUGACAAAGCAUAUGCGAAUUCAUACAGGUGAGAAACCUUUUGAAUGUAAUGAAUGUGGGAAAAUGUUCAGCAAAAAGUCACACCUCAUUAUACAUCAAAGAACUCAUACAAAAGAGAAACCUUAUAAAUGUGAUGAAUGUGGAAAAGCCUUUGGACAUAGCUCAUCUCUCACUUAUCAUAUGAGAACUCAUACAGGUGAAAAUCCCUUUGAGUGCAAUCAGUGUGGGAAGGCAUUUAAACAAAUUGAAGGCCUUACUCAACAUCAGAGAGUCCAUACUGGGGAGAAACCAUAUGAAUGUAAUGAAUGUGGGAAAGCUUUCAGCCAAAAGUCACAUCUCAUUGUGCAUGAAAGAACUCACACAGGUGAGAAACCCUAUGAAUGCAAUGACUGUGGGAAAGCUUUCAAUGCAAAGUCACAACUUGUUAUACAUCAGAGAUCCCACACAGGAGAGAAACCCUAUGAAUGUAAUGAAUGUGGGAAAGCCUUCAAACUAAAUGCAUCACUUAUCAAGCAUAUGAAAACUCAUUUGGAAGAGAAAACUCACAAAUGAAAUCAAUUAUGGAAAUCUGAUAACUAAAUUGUUGUAUAAUGUUAGAAAUGCAUAUUCUGAACUUAAAGAAUAUUAGAAAACUUCUAGUGAGAAGUCACACUGUGUUAUAUAUUAGAGAAUUGAAUGUGGAUCUUAAUAUAGAAGAAAUGGAUGGAAGUAAGAGUUGUAAUGUGGUAUGAAAUAUUUUACAGAAAGAAAAAUUUUUUUAAGACAGGCCUUACUUUAUAGAUCAGGUGGGCCUCGAACUUGUAGUGUGAUCUUCCUGUGUUAGCCUCCUGAGUGCUGGUACUAUAGGCAUGUGCCACCACACCUAGUGAAAAAAUUAUUUUAAAAAUUAUAAGUGAUCUUGAUAUUUAGAUUGACAUAUAAAGCUUUAAGCAUUAAAUGAAGUGAUGAAACAAGUUGCAUAUGCUAACAAUUUGAGUUGCUUAGAUGUUGUGGACUUAAGCACCACAUGUUAGAAUUCACUUUACAUAUCUAUGUUGCUUUGUGUAAAUAAGGAUGGCCAUUUAUAUAAGCCUCUUAUAUUCUACCCACUUUUUUAAAAUUAAUGUUGAAAUUGGCUUCUGCAUGAGCAGAAAGCUUUAUAAAAUGGUUUUUAUUAAUCUAAAAUUAAACAGAAAAUUAAGAAAAAAAAACAGCUAAAGAUGUAAAUAUGCUGGUAGUGAGUCUAAAAAACUGGAUUACUGACCCAUGUAUACAUUCUUUCCCCAGUUUUCUAUAAAAGGACGUGUUUUUACCCCUCUCUCUCUAUGUGUGUGUGUAUAUAUGUAUGUAUAUAUUCAUAUGUUUGUAUAUGAAUAGAUUUUGUUUAAAAAGUCCAGAAGAAACUUAAUAGUGGUUGGUUGCUAUUGGGCACAGGAGAGUGCUGUCUGGUUUGUGACUAAGACCUAUUUUUUAGUAUAUUGUUUAAAUAUCAUGUAUAUGCAUUUUUUCUCACAAUUAAAAUACUUUUAAGAUCCAUAAAUCAAUACUUUAAGAGCAUUGCUAAGCCAACUACAUAAUGUUUCAUGAAUUAUAAAGGUUCCUAUGUUCUUCAUAAAUCAUCAUGAGUCUGAGCUAUAUGGCAUUAAACAUGUUAUUGAAUUCACUGAGACCUCUCUUAUCAAACACAGUCUGUUAGUAACAUAAUGAAUUAUAAAUAUAA